CUCGCGAGCGUCCGGGAAAGUAAAAAACAGGAGGGGAAAGACUCGCACAACCUUCGCACAACAACCGACAAGAUGCCCAAGUCAAAACGAGCCAAGGUCUACCACCUGACCCAGGUGACCAAGAAGACGCGCGAGCAAAAAGACAAGCUCUUCGCCAACAUCCGCGAGUGCAUACCAAAGUACCAGCACUGCUUCGUCUUCAGCGUCGACAACAUGCGUAACAACUACCUCAAGGACGUGCGCCAAGAGCUGAGCGACAGCCGCCUCUUCUUCGGCAAGACCAAGCUCACCGCCCGCGCGCUGGGCACCACGCCCGAGGAGUCGCAAGCGGACGGGCUGCACGCGCUGACGCGGUACCUCUCGGGGGCGGUCGGGCUGCUGUUCACGAACCGGGCGCCGGAGGCGGUGAUCAGCUACUUCGGCUCGCUGGCGCACGUGGACUUCGCGCGGGCCGGCGCGCGCGCCACGCGCACCGUCACCGUGCCGCCCGGCCUGGUCUACUCGACCGGCGGCGAGGUGCCGCCCGAGCACGACGUGCCGAUCGCGCACACGCUCGAGCCCGAGCUGCGCCGCCUCGGCAUGCCCACGCGCAUGGUCCGCGGGAAAGUCUGCCUCGGCGGGGACGAGAAGGGCGAGGGCAUGAAGGAGGGCUAUACCAUCUGCCGCGAGGGCGAGGUGCUGGACUCGCGGCAGACGAGGCUGCUGAAGCUGUUCAGCGUGUGCAUGAGCGAGUUCAGGGUCAGUCUGUUGGCCUAUUGGAGUGCGGCGUCCGGGGAGGUGACGGAGUUGGAGGCGGGGAGGCAGAAGAGGGAAGGGAACGGGAGCGGGCAAAUCAACGGGGGUGGGAAGGCGGGGGACAAGAUGGAUCAGGAUGAGGAGGAAGAGGAGGAGGAUGAGUGAAGCCGAGCCAGCGAGAACUCGGGGGACCGGGCUGUUGGGUGUUGUUCUGUGCAUUUCAUUGUGCAUAUAGGGGCACUUUUGCAUGAUACCAUAGCUUUUCGAGGGCUGGGUUCCGGGUACUGGCGUUUGAGAGGGCGGGUCAAGGAGCCAAAAAAACGAAUGGGCAAAACGAAGCAUCUACCAUCAGUCACUCGGGCAAGGAGCCUGUUGCCGCGGGACGUCAUCGACUAGCUGGCAUUUGAGACCGUGUGCCUCCAUGUUCCGGGCUCAGACAUCACAUGUUUGAGCUGAUUGACCUGGGCCUUCGCAAACUGUUUCUUACAGAACGAAGGGGGAGCAACAACGCCAGAGCCAAAAGAGAACAGCAGCCCGCCCAUUCCCAGGCCAGCAGUGCAGGAAACGAAGAGUUCCUUACCUCUGACCUUACCUUCCGCCGCGCCGAGAUAUUCAUUGCUUAACGACUAUUACCUAGACCCGCAGUCCCUUGCUCCUCUCUCUUUUUCUUACAGUCGCCGGCACAAAUCAAGCAAGUAAAUACAAGACGAGAAAAU